ACAUCAGACCAAGUAAGAGUUCGAAGAAAAACAAGAAACAACUAAAUUUUUAUACCGUGAAAAAUGACAUUCCGUAAAUGUCCAUAACCUUUUCAAGUCUUUUUGCAGCGUUGUUUGUAUGAGGUUAAAGAACCACGUGUAGUGGAGAAAGAAAAUGGCACCAAAAUAUGAAAUCGCCGUUGGGCUCCAGAGGGGUCACAAAACGACCAAAAUUGCAUCAGGAAAGAAGGCAGAUAAAAUUCGCCCUUCCAGACUAAAGGGACGUCUUACAAAACACUCAAAAUUCGUGAGGGAUCUCGUCCGUGAAGUUGUAGGACAUGCUCCUUAUGAGAAGAGAGCUAUGGAAUUGUUGAAGGUGUCCAAGGAUAAGAGGGCACUCAAAUUCUUGAAACGUCGUUUGGGAACUCACAUCAGAGCCAAGAGGAAGCGUGAAGAACUUUCCAACAUCCUCACACAAAUGAGGAAGGCCCAGGCACAUGCUAAGUAGAAUGUAUGUUCAAUAUAAUAAAAUCAUAAAAUCUA